CGCUAAUGAAGGACAUUAAAAUCUGCUGGCUCUACCGCGUUAGAAACCAGUCAGAUGUCUUUUAUAUACAAGGCUGUUGUUGCAGCUGGGGAUAAAGUAGUUCCUACCCGACUAAGACCAUUGUGGAACCAUCCAGCAGGACCUAAAACAAUAUUCUUUUGGGCUCCCACUUUCAAAUGGCUCCUCGUAGCGGCUGGUUUAGCAGACAUUAACCGACCAGUAGAAAACGUCAGUCUAUAUCAGAGUACGGCGCUUGCAGCAACAGGCCUAAUAUGGUCUCGUUAUUCAGUUGUCAUCAUCCCUAAGAACUACAACCUACUAAGCGUAAAUGCCUUCGUAGCUCUAACUGGUUUAUAUCAAGUGGGGAGACUUGCCAAACAUCAUUAUUCCCAAUAAAACAGAAUUAUGUAUGCUCAAUACAGUUGAUUUAAACCUACUCAGUUAACCGCAUACGCAAGCGUAUGUGAUAUAUAAUAAUAGAUGAAUUCAUUAGUAGUUACACAAACUUUAUGAGUCUUGUGCAUUAGGUAAGGUAAUCUUGUCUUUUGAUCUAAGUAUUCUGCAAAACUGAAUAAAAUUUCUUUUGAAACUGUUUUUAGUUGUUUAUACUUAUGAGUUGGAGAAAUCUUGAGACAACGUAUUUAUUCAGUUUGUGACAGAAAUAUUUUCCAAGGUAAUUCAACUUUCAUCAACAGGCUUGUCGAUUUAUUAUAAGUUGGAAAUAGCCAGUCUCAGUCUAGAGCUUCUCUAGCAUUUUUUUGAUGUCAUGAAGCUACAAAACAGUGCUGAAUCUUGGAUUUUCAUGACACUUUUUAGAUUGCCUUGAUUAACUUUUUGGUUUAAAAUUGUUUAUAAGGCAGUCCACCGUAUCUAAUUUGUCUGGUUCAUUUAGACUUCCAGUUUUACUGAUCACUUAAGAAGAUUGAUUGAAUACAGUUUACGAAUAUUCAUUUAUUUAUUACUCAAAUAAAUUUCAGACACUUCUGCUUUAUUCCUUUAGAAAUUCCUGGUGAGAUCUUUCAG